AUGUCCACGCUCCCAAGCAAUGCCCUACUCGGUCCGCGAGAUGGACUCCAGAAUAUCGCAGUCCAAGUGCCAACGCCGGUCAAGAUCGAGUUGAUUCAAAGGCUCGCGGACACCGGCAUCAAACACAUCGAAGCUACAUCCUUCGUCUCACCAGAAUGGGUACCGCAGCUCGCAGAUGGCGCCGAGGUCAUGCAGAGCAUUCUUCCUCUCGCGCGCGAGAAGUCGAUUGAGUUGCAAGUCCUGGCUCCGAGCAUGAAGGGACUGGAAAAUGCGCUUGCGGCUGGCGCGACCCAAGUCACCGUCUUUGCAUCGGCCACAGAAGCCUUCAGCAAAGCCAAUCAGAAUUGCACCGUCGAUCAAGCCCUAGACGCUGCGGACCAGGUCGCCAAGAAAGCCUUGAGCCAGGGCCUGAAUGUGCGAGGUACCUUGUCCUGCAUCUUCUCGGAUCCAUACUCUGGGCCGACAGACCCCAAAGAGGUCGUCCGCGUGGCGAAGCGCUUCCACGACAUGGGCUGCUAUCAGAUCGGUCUUGGCGAUACUUUGGGAGUCGGCACAGCAGCGGUCGCCAACGUGAUGGCGUCUUAUGACAUGGGUAUCAGAAUCUUCGACGCUGCUGUAGCAGGUCUGGGCGGAUGUCCCUACGCAAGAGGCGCCAAGGGCAAUCUCUCGACAGAGGACAUUGUCUACGCCUUCGAGAACUCUGGAAUCAUCACAGGAGUCGAUCUCGCCCAGCUUUCUGCUACCUGA